AUGAUGAAGUCUAGAAGUGUGCAGGUGCUUCUGAUUCUGGCAGUUCUCUCCGUUCUUCUGUUUCACUUCCACUUCCUACCCUGCAGCAACCAUGUCCCUAUGGAAGAAAAACCUUCUCCAGUCCACGUCCUUAUUCUCUCUUCCUGGCGGUCAGGAUCUUCCUUCACUGGACAAAUCUUCAGCCAGCACCCCAGUGUCUUCUACCUGAUGGAGCCUGCAUGGCACGUGUGGGUUACCAUGUACCAGAACAGUGCCAAAGUCUUACACAUGGCAGUACGGGACCUAGUCAGGUCGGUCUUUCUGUGUGACAUGUCUGUGUUUGAUGCUUACAUGUCUAGUCAGAAAAAAAAGUCUGAUUUAUUCCAGUGGGAGACAAGCCGAGCCUUGUGCUCUCCCCCUGCCUGCGACUCAUUCAGUCGCAGUGACAUAAUCCCUGCAGGCAAUUGCAGAACAAUCUGUGGCAAGUACCCAUUCAGCAAGGUGGAGGAAGCCUGCAAAACCUACAGCCAUGUUGCCAUCAAGGAGGUUCGGUUCUUGGACCUCAGAGUCCUCUACCCCCUUCUCACCGAUCCAUCCCUGAACCUCAAAAUCAUUCACUUGGUCCGUGACCCUCGAGCUGUGUUCAGGUCCCGAGAGAAUACAAUGGAAGACCUGAAACGUGACACCAACAUUAUUGUGGGGCCCCAGGGGACAAGGGGAGAAAUGGGGCCCUACAACACAAUGCAAGUAAUCUGCAAAAGCCAUGUUGAGAUUUACAAGGCAGGCAGCCAGGCCACUCCCGGCUUCCUGAAAGACCGCUACUUGCUGGUUCGCUAUGAAGACAUUGUCAGAGACCCACUAGCAAAGGCUGCCCAGAUGUACAGGUUUGCAGAACUCCAUUUCACACCAGAACUUCAGAAGUGGGUGCACAACAUCACCCAUGGGAAGGGGCAAGGAGCACGGGCCUUUGAUAUUGGGUCCAGAGAUGCUCUGGGCGUAUCCCAGGCCUGGAGGAAGACCCUUCCCUUCCAGAAAAUAGAAAAAGUACAAAAUGUGUGCAAGGAUGCAAUGGAUUUACUGGGCUACCAGCUCCUUCAGUCCGAAGAAGAACAAAAAAACAUGUCCCUGGAUCUUUUGUUUGCUCAGAACUCCCCUGAGUAG